ACCAAUCCCAGGAAGGAAAGAUGAUGACAUCAUCAGCAACACUGUUUAAUAUAAUUUUCUGUAUAUUUUAAAUAUUUAAAAUUAUUAUAUCCUGAUGAAAUAUGUCAAAUAUGGUGUCACUACUUUUUUCAACACAUUAAAUAUGUAUCAUUUGUCCUUUGACCUCAGUGACGUUUUUAUCACGUGAUUGUAUUUUCUUCCGGGUUAAUCCUCUUCGCAUCGCUUAGCAUGUGUUUAGCUCUCAUGUCUUUAUUUUUGUGUUUGUUUAGCUAAGAUUUAAAAAAAAAACAUUGAGAUGAGUUCUCAAAAAGGAAAUAUAUCUCGAUCGCGAGCUCAGAAACAUCAAAAUGUCACCGCCUUUAAAAACAACAAGUACGGAGCAACUGCCCAAGUAAAGAAGGCGAAUGCAAAAGUCCACGAUGGCCUUUGUCAACAUUGUAAAGGUGUUCUUGAGUGGAAAGUCAAGUACAGCAAAUACAAGGCGCUGACUCAGCCCAAAAAGUGUGUCAAGUGUUCUCAAAAGACAGUUAAAGAUGCGUAUCACAUUGUCUGUAAGCCCUGUUCGCUUCAGCUGGAGAUCUGCUGCAAGUGCGGGAAGAAGGAGGAGAUCGUUAUUCCGGUAAACUCACACUUGGAAACGACAGACGAAGAAGAUGAUCAGAAAACCAAAGGAUGCAGACGAGGAAGGAAAGACGACGAUGAUUUAAACAGUGAUGAUGAUUAUGAUGACGACGACAGCUUAGAAGAUGACAGCGAUGAAGAUUUGGACUGCAACUCGGAGUCGGACGUGACAAAGAACAAAUCCUGUGUGCUCCCAGAUGUGAAGCUGGUUAAAAUUAAAGAUUGAGGUGCUAAAUCAUUAAACAUUUUUGGAUCAUCGUCAUGUUCUCUAAAUUCUUUUCAAGAAUUUCUUAAGUAAAUAAAAAAAUCUGCUUGUCAUCGUGUCAUUUCAAA